AUGACUAUAAAUGAACAUUUUGCUCCAAUAUUGACAUCACCAGUUGAAUUAGUUAUGGAUUUAUUAAGAAGUGAUAUUUUGGUUGCUGGAGACUACACAAAACGUGUUGAAAUAUUUUCAUGGAAGGAGGAGAAAUGGUUUGAGAUUGCAUCAAUGGAAGAUUAUCACAGGGAUGCUUCAUCAUUUAUUUAUAAUGAUAAUUUAUUUGUCGUUGGAGGAGUGGGCAGCAAGUCAAUGGAGACAUUGAAUAUAAAACAGUUUCCUUUAACAUGGAGAAAAUUUCCUGCGGAGCUUCCUUAUGAAUGUUGGGGUCAUCAAACUGUUGUUUAUAAACAACAAAUCUUUCACAUUGGAGAAUACAUUGAUGGUAAAGGAAGAUCAGAUUUGAUCAGUGAAAUAAACAUCACUGGUACAACAUCUCAUGUUUUGAAAGAGUUGUGUCAUAUGCCUGAACCACGUUAUGGCCAUGGAGCUGUUGUUGUUGAUGAUAAAGUUCUUAUUUUUGGAGGAGAGGAAAUAUAUAGGAAAGCUUUGUCCAGUGUUUUGGAAUUUGAUCCAAGGACUCUUACAUUUAAGGAAAUGCCUCCAUUACCUCAUCCAAUGUAUGGAAUGGCAACAGUUCAAUGGAGAGAUCAAGUUGUUCUUCUUGGAGGUUCUGAUGGAAGAGAAACAUUGAACAGUGUUAUCAUGUAUGACUGCAAAACAGGAAAGAUUACAGUCUUACCAUCCAUGUUGGAAAAGAGGUUUGGGUGUUGUGCAGUUAUAACUGGUGAUACAAUUGUUGUCAUGGGAGGUAAUUAUCUUUAUUCAGUGGAGUGUUUCCAAAUGGGAAGUAGUUCUUUAUGGACAUACCUUCCUUCAACGAAUGAAUCACGACGGGUAGCCAUUGCUGAAGUUUUACCUUUUGGACAAAAGUAUGUCUAA